AGAAUUAAGCACAGCUCUAAUAAUAAACUAUAUACGUGCGUGUUCACGACACGCACUCAGCUCGAGUGGAGAGUUUUUAUCUAUCAGUACCUCAUUGCUUACACUUAUGUGAGUUAAUCCAAUAUAGUUUGGCUAGACAUUGCAGAUAAAGAGAGUGUGCUUGAGAGCGCAAGAGCAACGCAACGGCAGACACAUUAAUAACAAACAAAAGCAAACAAACAAACAACAACAUCAAAAAAACUACUUCAGUACGGAAAAACCUGAAAGCUUGCAAACAAAAUUUAGUCGUAAGCCAACCUUCGUUUGAACCGGUUUACAACGAAACGCCCCACCCGCGCUAAUUAAUAGCUACCAAAAAUCCGUUGAAAAAAAUAUACCAAAUGCCGUACAUUAUCAUACGCGGUAAUCUAGCCUCCUAUAGUCACAAAUAUCCAUGGCGUGUGCUCGUCUCUGGACUGAAAGCUGACGACAUCGAACAGUUAAACAAGUUCUCCUGCGGCGGCUACAGCGAUGAGUCCACAAUCGUUUAUCUAGUCCAUCCGUGUCGCAUAUUAUCAGCUUUAGAGAUUUUGGGUUUUCGCGUUGUCGCCAGUUCAUCGACAGCCGUUAAGCAGGACUAUAAUGAAUAUAUGUGGACGAUGCGCAAGGAGUUCGUCGAGCCCGAGCCUGAAUCCGAAACCGUGUCUGUAGUCCGCGAGAAUCUAUCCAAUAUAGGCAGAGAGGCGGCCAGUUUAGGCAAUUAUCAUAAAGUUGAUUCCCCAGAGUAAACCGAAACUCUCUCCCCUCUGUGUGUGCAUGUGUGUGUAAGUGCGAGUGUACGCGUGUAUGUGUGUGUGUGUGUGUAAAAAC